AUAUUACCUAGGAUUACUUGAAUUAUAAAAGUGCAAAUGUUAAAGAUGCUCAAAUUUUUUUUUUUUUUUGAAUCAUUUGGUUGGAGUUAUCAGAAUCAAUAUAAUUAUGGUCUUUCCUAAAACAGAAGUAAAGAGCAUUGUAUGUAUGAGCAAAUAUCGUCUAAGUAAAAGUGACAGAGAAGAUUACCAUGAUUUAUGCUAUGAUUUAUUCAUUGAAUGUUUUUAUGAAAGUCAAUCAUCAUUUAAUGAUGAAAUUAAAUCAAUUGUUGAUAAACGAAAGUGGAGUAUUUUGAUUUACGAUGGAAAAACUUCUUACUUAACCUCUUGCGAAAAUUAUUUCAUAAAUCAUUACGUAAAAUCUGGAAGAAAGUUAUCGUUGUUAUAUGUUAAUAAAAAUAUUUUAAGUGAUGAAGAAAAAAAACUUUUAAUACAAUGUUCAACUAAUGUUCGCUAUGUCUACUUUAAUCAUCCAAUUAGUUUCGAUGGAUGGAAACCGAAAGAUAAGAUUAAAAAGUUAGAGAUACGGAUCUCAGAUUAUUUAAUAACAAAAAAAGAUUUUGAAGAAAAUUUUCUUCCGUGGAUUAAUCUUUGUGAAGAAUUAACUCUUGAUCUUCACGACGACAUUGAUUUUAUUAAAGAAUUUUAUGAAUGGAUUCGUUGUUCGAAUGUCAAAAAGUUUUCGAUCGGGUAUUUUGGAAAAUAUUUUCGUAACCUCGAUGAAUUAAAAAACUUUACAACACGAUAAAAUAUUUAAUACCUUAAUUAUAUUAAAUAA